AUGACGAUCAACCCCGAGAAGCCCGGUAUCCCUCCACGGGAUACCGUGCAAGCUGCAGAAGCUGCCCACGCCCAAGCCGUCGUCAAUGCCGCUACUGAAAAGUUGGAGGAAGAUGACCAGCUCGAAGAGGCAUUGGACUCACCUUCGGCCGAGCUCGAGCUCACUGAGGACAUGUGCUACGAUCGACUAGGAUAUUCAUUCUCUGAAAAGAAGAAGUGGACCAUUAUCUCCGUCAUCUUCCUCGUCCAAACAUCCAUGAACUUCAACACAUCACUCUAUUCAAAUGCCGCCACGGGAAUCUCAGAGGAAUUCGGUGUCUCCAUGCAGGCUGCGCGCUGUGGUGCCAUGAUCUUCUUGGUUCUAUAUGCUUUCGGUUGUGAACUCUGGGCACCAUGGAGUGAGGAGCUGGGUCGUAAGCCCAUUCUCCAGGCAUCUCUCUUCCUGGUCAACGUCUUUCAACUCCCCGUGGCUCUGGCGCCCAACUUCGCCUCCAUCAUGGUCGGUCGUGCCCUCGGCGGUCUCUCAUCCGCUGGUGGUUCCGUUACCCUAGGAAUGAUUGCCGAUCUGUGGGAACCCGAUGCGCAACAAUACGCCGUGGCCGCUGUCGUGUUCUCGUCGGUUGGUGGAUCUGUCCUUGGUCCAGUGGUUGGUGGCUUCGUCGAAGCUUUCCUGCCAUGGAGGUGGAAUAUCUGGAUCCAGUUGAUCUUCGGUGGUUUCGUGCAAGUGGCCCACUACCUGUUCGUCCCCGAAACCAGAACUACUGUGAUGAUGGAUCGGAUUGCCAAAAAUAUGCGCAAGACCGGCGAAAACCCCCACAUCUACGGUCCUACCGAGGGAGUGUCGUUCCGCCAGCGUUUCCCACCUCGUGAGCUUAUGGCGACCUGGAUUCGUCCCUUCAAGAUGUUCCUGACUGAGCCCAUUGUACUGGUGCUUUCUCUGCUCAGUGGUUUCAGUGAUGCUCUGAUUUUCAUGUUCAUCCAGUCGCUCUCCCUUGUGUACGGCCAGUGGGGCUUCAACACCUGGCAGAAGGGUCUGGCCUUCAUCCCAAUCUUGGUUGGCUACUUCAUCGCGUGGUUCUCCUUCUUCCCGGUCAUCAAACGCAACGUCAAAGAGCGCCUCGACCACCCGGACAGCGAACGGGCACAGUAUGAGUCUCGCUUGUGGUGGCUGCUGUAUACGGUCCCCUGUCUACCCAUUGGUCUGAUCGGAUUCGCCUGGACCAGUUUGCCCCAGUGCCACUGGAUUGGAUCCAUGAUCUUUGCUGCCAUCAUCGGUAUUGCCAAUUAUGCUAUUUACAUGGCCACGAUCGACUAUAUGAUCUGUGCCUACGGACCAUACUCUGCGUCUGCGACCGGUGGCAAUGGAUGGUCGCGAGACUUCCUUGCUGGUGUUCUCACUAUUCCCGCCACGCCGUUCUUCACGAACAUCGGUGGCAAGUACCAUCUUGAAUACGCCUCGACCAUUCUCUUCUGUAUCUCCAUUCCACUUGUCAUUGCAGUCUAUAUCAUUUACUGGAAGGGCCCAGCAUUGCGCAAGCGUUCUCCAUUUGCCCAGCAGCUCGAGGAUGCUCGACACCAAAUGCAGGUCGAGAGCCGACGGGGUUCCAAGAUUGUUCCAGUAUCUCGCCUCAAUUCCUAUGUGCGCUCCCAGCAAGACCUCCGCAUCCGCCCAAUCAUCGGCAGCCGAGGAAACUCCCGGGUCAAUUCUCAGGCGAACUCGCGUGCCAACUCUCGCCGCAACAGCAUCAACAUCGUCAACGUCCACGUCAACCAUUGA